AUGGCAUCCUUGAACCUUUAUAAAAGACAAGAAAAACUUGUCUCCCAAAAGAAAAGAGUUCCAACAUGUCUUAGAAUUCUAUAUAUUGCAUCCUUCAUGUUGCUCGGUAUGUUUUUUUAUAUACCAACAAUCACCUUACUUGAAUACUUUAAAACAUCUUCCACAAUUCCUUUAAUUCCAUCGUCACCAAUUUGCACAACUUCACAACAACACCUCUCGUUAACUGAGCCAACUACCGCCAUCACCAAUAAAUACAAUUUGGUAACAAUGUGGGUUAAUCAUCCAUUUCACGUUGACUCGACAAAAAUUGUCAUCAACAAGUAUGCCGAUGUUGCUGAAUUGAAGAAACUCGUACGAGAAGAAAUGAAACCUGCACUUGACCAAGACAGCUUGGGAAAAGUGUUACUUUUAACUAGAUCUCAUGGACGUAUCAAACCAGACACCUUGGUUAAAGACAUUAAACUUGGAAAAAAAGAAAAAUUAAUUAUAUACAUUGAUAAUUUUGAUUUUCGAUUGCAUUUGAAGUCACUUACAAAAAACCAACUUCAUUUGCAAGUAAACAAGCCAUUAUGUCUCAAGACUAAUGAGGCAUUUAUAUCGGUCGCAAGAUUAUUAAUAGGUGAAUUUUCACAAGAAGACAUAAUUGUUUUGAAGAAAAACUUAUGUGGCUGGAGCAUUGAGAGUUGGAGUUGA